GUCUCGUUGCUAAAUAAAAGGGCCUUCGAGGUCGAUCCUUCCACUCAACUCUCCUUUCUUCAGCGGAGAAGACCAAUCUGGAAGUGGUGAGAGCCAAUCAUGGCUUAUGUCGAGAACGAUGGUAUGGUCGUAACUCUAAGUUUUUGAAAGUAUAAAACAAGUAAAUGGAAGUAAAAGAUUCGAUUGAUGAUAUACCGGUUCAAGAUCCUCCGGGUGAGGAGUUCUCGGCCGCCGACUUGUCAUGGACCAAGUUUGGAACCACCGAACACCACAUCGAUGAUGUAGCUCUCAUUCCCUAUGCUCGUGUCGAUGCAUUCAUAAGUGGCGAAUGCUUGAAUGCGGAGUGCCCGACUCGAUUCCAUAUUGAAAGGGGCCGGAAAAGAGAAAAGGGCAGCUUGAAGGAAUACAAAAGCGAUGAAUACCUCCAAUACAGGCUUUAUUGGUGUUCAUUUGGUCCUGAGAAUUAUGGGGAGGGAGGGAGCAUCUUGCCAAGCCGGAGAUACCGACUGAACACGAGAAACCGUGCUGCUCGGCCGCAGUCGAUGCGUGGAUGCACCUGCCAUUUUGCUGUCAAGCGCUUGUAUGCCCGCCCUUCGAUCGCGCUUAUCGUAUAUCAUGAAAGGCGGCACAUUAACAAAUCUGGUUUUAUAUGCCAUGGGCCGCUUGACCGAGAUGCUAUCGGCCCUGGUGCAAAGAAGAUUCCAUACAUUUGUAGUGAGAUUCAGCAGCAGACCAUGUCUUUGAUUUACCUUGGCAUUCCUGAGGAGAAUGUGUUGCAGACACACAUAGAAGGUGUGCAGCGUUAUUGUGGUUCGAAUGCGAAGGUCAAUAGUCUUGCUUCACAGUAUGUCCAGAAGCUUGGUAUGAUCAUCAAGAGGUCUACCCAUGAGCUGGAUCUUGAUGACCAAGCUAGCAUUCGCAUGUGGGUUGAAAAGAAUAGGAAAUCAGUUUUCUUCUACCAGGAUUCUACAGAGACAGAUCCCUUUAUUUUGGGAAUCCAAACAGAGUGGCAGUUGCAGCAGAUGAUUCGAUUUGGUCAUCAAAGUCUUCUAGCAUCAGACUCAUCUUUUGGCAUAAGCAAACUGAAGUAUCCGCUGUACACACUCCUUGUGUUUGACUCCAGACAGCAUGCCCUUCCUGUUGCUUGGGUUAUAACCCGUACUAUUGCUAAACAGGAUGUCAUUAAAUGGAUGAAAGCACUAGCAGAUAGAGUUCGUGCAGUUGAUUCAGGUUUUAAAAUUGGUGGAUUCAUUAUUGAUGACCCAGCUUCAGAGAUUGACCCAUUCAGGGAUGUUUUCUGCUGCCCUGUUCUCUUCUCCCUUUGGCGUAUUCGUAGAUCAUGGCAUAAAAAUGUUGUCAAAAAAUGCAGUAACAUUGAAGUUCAGCAAGAAUUAUUUAAGCGUCUUGGCAAAAUUAUGGACAGUGUCUGGAGUAAAGUAGAUUAUAUGGAUGCUCUGGAAGAAUUAUUUCAGGAUUUUGUAGAUCAGACUACCUUCAUGCAAUAUUUCAAGGCAUGUUGGGUUCCCAAAAUUGAAAUGUGGCUUGCAACUAUUAGGAGUUUUCCACUAGCUGGCCAGGAGUCAUGUGGUGCCAUUGAAGGAUAUCAUGUUAAGCUUAAGCUCAAAAUUUAUGAUGAUUUACAUCUUGGUGCACUCCAGCGGGUGGAUUGGUUGGUACACAAACUGACAACUGAGCUCCACUCUGGUUACUGGCUUGAUCUUUAUGCAGAUGAGAGUGGAUCAUUUCCAGCAGUGAAAGAGGAAUACAUUUCUUCCACUUCAUGGCACAGGGCAUUGCAAAUUCCUGAUGAUGCUGUUGUGUUUGAUGAUAAGGAGCACCUUUUUGCAAAGGUUGUAAGCCAGAAGGAUAGUAGCCACACACGCAUUGUCUGGAAUCCGGGAUCAGAAUUUGCUCUAUGUGAUUGUUCGUGGUCCAUGCAGGGGAACCUUUGCAAGCAUAUCAUAAAGGUUAACAUGAUGUGCCGACAUCGAAGAGAGUAUCGGCCUACAUUGUCGUAUCAGUCAUUUGAACAUGUCCUACUCAAUCUUUGGAGAAAGCCUAUGGAUGACUCCUUCUCACUUGAUCAGUCAAUGGCAUGGGUGAGGCAAAUGCAGGACAAAAUUCAAAGAUUAGUGGAGAUCACUACUUCUGGAGAUAUUGCCAAAGUGACAAAAAAUUUGCCAUUGAAAUGGAUCUGUAAGAGAGGGAGAACAUUUUUUGGCAGGCCAGCUGAUAGUACUCUAGCUCUUCCUCCUACUUCCAAAAUUGAUGCACAGAAGAGUGCUGCUAGGAAAAAGAACCGAAAGCGGAAAAGAUUGUCCAGGAUCAGGGGAUCAUCGUGAGUUCUACGUUUCUGUGAGAAGUGUUCUUCAAGAGUUGUUCGUGGAGAAAUUCAAGUAAUUUCUUCAACAACCUGUCAUAUACUUCAGCCUAGGCUGAUACAAAUUGUUGUAGUUGCUUGCAAAGUGAAUUCCAUAUUAUACAUCUUCAAUUCAAUUCUCUCCAUCAUGUUAAGGAUGUCUCAAGGGGUUCAUAUCUCCA